AUGCGAGCUCCGAGGGAUGAUAAAAAAGCGGAACAUAUGAGGGAAGUUUUGUCAGUCCAGCCCGCGAUCAAAGGAGGCAAGACCGAAGAGAAAAAUGUGCUUAACUUCUCAAGCAGGGAUCUUAAGCGCAUUCAAACGCCACACAAUGACGCUUUGGUGGUCACCCUUCGCGUCAGGGACUUCGAUGUUAAGCGCAUUUUGAUCGACCAAGGUAGCUCGGUCGAGAUCAUGUACUAUGACGCCUUCAAGCAACUUAAACUCAGGGAUACAGAUUUGGCUCCGGCAACCUCGCCGCUGGUUGGUUUUAACUCACAACCGGAGUGGCCAAUGGGAAAGAUGAUCCUACCGGUCAAAGCCGGAUCCGUGGUCAAGCAGGUGGAGUUCUGGGUGUUAAAGAUGCCGUCCACAUACAAUCUGAUCCUAGGUAGGGAGUGGCUUCACAUCAUGCAGGCGGUGGUGUCGACCUACCACCAGGUCAUGAGGUCCCCCUCGGCUACGGGGGAAAUAGAGGAGAUUUAG